AUGGCGGAGUUGGCACACGCCAUUCCGGCGGUUGACAUGAUCAACGCCACCUCGAGACUUCAACUAGAAGCCGCUGAGGUAAAAAAUAAAGAAACAGCGAAGAUGGAGUUUUGGCCCGCUAACGAUGCAAAUGGACAAGCAGCUCGUACAAUUGUUAAUUUGAUAACGAAUGUGGCAAAAGACCAGAAUGUGCGAUAUGUGCUCACCUUACUCGACGACAUGCUUCAGAGCCCGUUCAUGCUUUGCUUCAGUGUUUUGAACAUUCCGCUGGCGCUCAACCAGAGCUAA